AUUCGAAAAGGAGAAAAUCCAUCAAUUCCAGAAAUUCAAUGUCAAAUUUUGAAACCAAAUAACACAAACAUCGAUCAAUUCGCAUAUCGAUAUGGUUUCACAUCCAAAACAAAAAUAAAAUAGAAAAAAAAACAAUUCGGUGCCGUAAUCGAAUACAUUUUAUUGGGCAUUAAAAUGGAAUAACUGUUCGAAACUAGUGAAUAUCGUGAGUUGAAGUUCAUGUGCUGCGCGAUCAUCAAACAAAAAAGCCACUAUAUGAACCGUUGAGCACGUGUGUUUGCAGCUCUUUUUUUUCUUUUUUGUUUCGAUAAAGAAAUGAAAAAAAUCGAUUACCGAAUAACAUGUACAAUAUGCGAAUAAAAUGCGAUAACUAAUGAGCACGAAAAACGAGCAAAUGAUUUCAAAGCCAAUUUUCAGGCAAGAACAUGAAUAGUGUUGUCACGCUUAGAAAAAUCACAAAAAAUAUUCAAGAAAGAGAGAAAGAGAGAAAGAGAGAAAAAAGUCAACACAUUAGAAUUCAUUAAUUGAUUUUCAAUUAUGUGAAAUGAAGAUCGAUGAGCGCACGAACGCGUGCGCUGAUCGAUGACAGUGUAAUGUGGGCGACAUCUUGAUUUGCCAUCUUUCAUUCACUCUUUGGACCUCGAGAUUUCUCAUUUGCCAUGCUGAUUGAAAACCACACGCAUUCCGCAUAACAACGAAAAAAGCGCACACACAAACACCGUCAGCCCAAACGACCGCCAAUGAAAUAAGACGCUUAACGCGUACAAAUGCAAAUCAAUUGAAAAUUAAGAAUUUUUUUCUAAAAUGAAGCAAGAACAAGAAGCGUCGUCAUUGAGACGGUUGAAUAAAAUCGAGAAUAGAACACUUGUGUACUGAGUCGCAACAAUAAAACCUAAUGAAGGAUGGCUCUCUCACGUGCACACGUAAUCAAGUACUGCUUGGACCAUCAAAAAACAACAACAGCCACAUCAACUUUUUUUUGCCAUUAGACAAUCAUAAACACAUGACCAUUUAUUGUUUUUGUUAUGGUUGCUGUUGUUGUUUGUAGCAAACAACAUCGUUUAAAACAGAGUCGUCGUUUUUUUCCUCUGUCUAUUUUUAAAUUGUUGUUUUGGUUCGAUUUGCGAUCGAACUGCUUGGUUCUUCAUGUAUUUUUUUCUUUUCUUUCUUGCAUAGAACCACAGUCAUAUUCUAAGCGUUUUUAUCAUGCGCAUGCAUCAAAUGACAGGAAGGUGGUGCCGAUGCAGGAAUUGUUAAUAGUGUUGUUGAAAUUCAUUGAAGCGCAAUGAAUUCGAUGUGGGUGAAAAGGAAAUAAACAAAGUUAUACUAUGUGUGCAUGUGUGUAUGCUUUUGGCUUGUCUAUUUCAUCGCUUUGGAAUUCGUUUGUUUCUCUUUCGCUCACUUGCAACCACCGUCAAAGUUCUUGUUGAUUUUAUUAGUUGUCUAAUUAAAAUCAUUCACUUCAGUCGACGGAUUUUUAUUCAAUUUUAUUUAAAAUGCGGCAUAUUCGUCGAGAGCUCAUUCGAUGUAUUUUCUUCUUCUUCUUCUUCUUCAUCAUCAUUCAUUUGUUGAGCUUUGCGUAUGUACUGUCGUAGACACUCUAUUCGCCUUAUAAGAUCUUUUCAUUUACUUGCUUGAUUCAGUGUUUGCAUUUUCCAUGGUGCGUAAAAUUAAUUCACACACAAUUGAUUUCUAUUUCGUUUAUUUUUCCAUUUUACUUUAAAAUGCAUCAAGCAAAUUAACAUUCGGCCGAAUCAGUUGAGUGAGAAAAGAAUUGUGCGUUGCCGUUGUUGGCAGCCGCCCGUACCGAAAACUUAUCUGAGCAUGCAAUUGAUAAAUAAUGCAUUCUGAUCUGCUCAUGGCUCAUGUUCCAUGCAUUUUCGAUUUUAUUUCAACUUCACACAUCUCUUUAUCUCUAUCGCCACCAUUUAGUUUCACUUGCGAAACUCUUACUCGUGAAAGUCAUUUGUGUGUUUCCCUUCAUAACACAUCUCCAGAUCUCUCCUCUUCCAGGUUCAGAAAUCGGCUGCUGCUGCGGAUGCACGCAAACCAACGAACGAAAUGAAAGAAAAUUCAUUAUGCUUAUAGAUUACAUAAUUCUUUCGCACUUUUCAUUUGAGAGACGGAGAAGCGUGAGCACAAUAAAACGCAAAUCAAGAGUCAAAAUGCGCGACGCGCAUACCGAUUUCGCUUCGAUGCUCCACUGACUCGUUCGUGCACUGACACGAAAAGAAAAUAUAGAAACCAUUUCGUACGUAUCUCUUUCUCUCUCUCUGUGUGUGUGCUUUUUUUCCGUGAUGUGCAUUGCCUGUUUGAUUCAUGGAAGUAUGUGCUGCUUUGUCUUGCAAAGGGAAAAAUAUUACCAUAAUUCAUCCGCAUUUAUUGUGGUACUUGCAUCAUUUAGAGUCUCUCUUUCUCUCUCGCUCAUUUUUAUGUCUAAAAGAGGCUGUGCUUAAAAAUAUCUUAGCGCUUGAUCAAGGUUCUCUUCCUAUUUGUGCUUCUUUUUCUUGUAAUUAUUCGUUUUUGGCGAUUGGCCAUAAAAAUGUGUCAUCCCGAUUUGGUUUUUAUUUCGUCUGCGUCGCGAAAUGUUUGUUCGAGGGGGCGCACCCCAAAACACGGCUAUCAAUUUCAACAUACCGACACACAGGUGAAUCUCACCAACAAAACGACGAUUUAAUUACAACCAUAAAUUACGAUGCCAUUAUUAUAAGACAUUUUGGUGUUUAAGAUCUCUUUGCACAAAGUAUAUCAAUUCAUCUAAUGGCCAUGGUGUACCAUGCUACAUAUGUGCCAGACUUGAUAGAAAUCAGCCGCUUAAUGACUGUGUUGCUGUUGUUUUUUUUUACACCAGAGACGAGUAAAUUAGGUGCAAUUGAUUACGUAAAGAGUCGUCGUUGUUUCAUUCGUUCCCGUUCAUGUGACUUAACACGAAAAUUAAAUACUCAUAAAUCAGUUCAAGUCCCAAAAAUACAAUUUUUUGAUCAAGUGCCAAAGAUGCCAGCGAUGAUAAUAAUUCAUAAAUUCGCGCUUGACGCUCUGAUAUUGUACGUGCCAACGAGUUGUUGUUAUUGCUGCUGCACAAGAAAACAAAAUUGUCUGUAGUUUUGAUUUCAUCAAUUUUCAACUCGGAUUUUUUUGACCAUUUUUGGCAUCCGCUCGUAAUUACCUGCAGCCAAGGUGUUGAAAUUGAAUUUUAUUAACGGAAUAAUUCGCAUAUAUUAACAUUGCUAUCAUUGUUUUUCUUUAUUUCUUUUUCCUCUCUCUCUCUCUCUCUCUCUCUCUCUCUCUCUCUCUCUCUCUCUCUAUCUCGUCGGACAAUUGGUCGGCAAUGGUUGUUGAGCAGCCAACCCUCGUUGUACACAAUAAAUUCCGCCAUCAUAUGCACAAAAGAUUCAGGCGACGAACUCUGAUACGCAACGCGUAUAUCAUUUGAUUGGUCAAUGGCUUUUGCACGCAUUUUUCAGUGAAAGUUUCCAUUUUACCUUAUUUGGAGACAAUCAAUACGACAAAAAAACAACAUACACUCGUUAAAAUAUAUGUUCAAUAUCCUUGGUUCAAUGCAAUUUAAUUUUUUUUGCUUCAUUUUUAUUUGUUGCUGCUUUUAUGAUUUUUAUCGAAUUGAUUUUACGGCCCAAGGCACACUAACAAUAAUUCCGAAGCGAUAUGCCAGUGCAACUACAAUGAACAACAGCAAGACAACAAAAAAGAGCCAACCAUUUAUGAUUGGAGUAAUAAAUUGCAAGCAGCGGUUUGAAGUGUAUGCGGUCAAUGUCGCUGCUAUACGCGCACACUUGCCGAGAGAAAGACAGAGAGAGAGAGAGAGAAACUGCACCAAGAAAAUGUACACAACCGGUUGAUUGCAACGGUGCAUAUAAUAUAAGUGUAACAGCCUCAGUGCAAAAUGUAUGAUACGUAAUUAUGGUGUGCGAAAGCCAGAACACACACACAUACACACCAACGAGCCAAUUUUUAAAUUACGGCGAAACGAAAGGAGAUCGUAAUUUUUUUCGGAUGUCUUAUCAACAAAACUACGGAGGUUUCUAAUGGGUUUUUGUUUUAGGUAUUUUUUUUUCUUUUGUGCUUAUCGUGCAUAUUUUAAAAAUUAAAAUGUGAUCAAGCUAAUUUGGCAUUAGUUUCACAUAUUUUGAGCGGGCAUCUCGAUAAUUCCGUUCGCUCUAGGGCUGUCAACCAUAAUAAUCUCAACCAAACGAAACCCAACCUUUUUUCUCUAUCAAUCCAUUCGUAGUUUUUGUUUUUGCUUCACAAAAUGCCUUUCCGAUUCAUUAAAAGGCGAAGUAAAAACAGUGACGAUUACAAAAAUGGGCGCGAUAACAGCAAAAAAUGAAGAAGAAGAAGAAGAAGAAGAAGAAGAAAAAAGUGCAGACGCAAAAAGCAAUGAAUAAAUUAGACUAAUGUUUAGGUGAGUGGAGAAAAUCCGUAACGUGCAAUCAGUAAACGAAUGUGUGUGUGUGUGUGUGUGUGUGCGUGCGCUUUUGGUUACGUUCGGUUUGAAUCACGUUCAGCAUAUAUGCAGACCAUUUUCCUGCGAUCAAUCGAACGAUGACUAGAGGAAAAUUAAAACGGGCCACCUAACUCUAACUAGACACUCAAUCGCAAACGACAAGUUGAUAUUUAUUUAACGAACAAAAAAACAUAAGAGACGAGCACUCAAAGUGGCUGCGAUUUUUUCCCCAAUUGAUUGCAAGAAUUGCAUUGCAAAAAGAGCCAUUUUGCUGUUACGAUUAGAUUCUCGUUGUUGAUGUUGCUGUUGUUCGAUUUUGCAGAUACGGUUCGAUGCGUAAACGUGUCGCUCGGGCUGAGGCCUGAAUGAAAUGCAGAUGGUGUGCAUCGUCAUUUUUUUUUUUCAUUUUCGUUUGUUGUUGUUGCUUUCAACGCUGGUAUAGUGUUAUAGCUAUAAUAUUAUUAUUUGCAUCAAUACACAGUGUAAUAAUAAUCGUCGAAGAUCAAGUUCCAUUCAUUUUUGCUCACUUCACAUCUCGUGGCACGUUUAUGCAAUUUGUUUGUUUCAAGGUAACAACUUUGAAGUUAGUGCACACUGCACACAUCCUCUUAAUAUCUUCUCAAUUCAAAUGCCAAUAAAUCGAAAGAGCAACAAAUGAAUCUAAUUAGAAAGCAAAACUCAAUCCAAUGUGUGACCGAUUUUAUAAGAUUUUAGACGUUUCGGACAAUAGAAUGGUAAAUCGCAUGCUUAUCGCAACACACAUAUCAAAAAAGAAAAAAAGUGCUGACCUAUGUUCAACAUAGUAUGUUGUUGGUAUUUUAAUGGUCCACUUUUUAUUUCGUUUGAUCGAUAUAUACUUGUUGAUGGUCCUAGUGGUCUUUUGUCAUUUUGAAAGUGCGGAAAUUAAGCACACCACGUUGACAUCCUCCUCAUAAUCUUACAAUCAAAAUUAGUGUGCAAAUCAAUUCACUACCCAACUCACUUUUUCUCUUCUUUACUAUGGAUACUUUUCUUUUAAUUCCUGCCGCGUUUUACAUUUUAAUUUACAUUUUCAAAUAUAAACGCUUCAUUUUAUUCGUUUUUUUUCUCUAUUUCUUUGGCUGUGUUAUGUAUCCAUUGAUUUGUUUGUUUAUUGUUCACUCAUUCACUUUUCUGAGAUUGUUUCGCUGAUUUAAUUAAAAAUUAUCAAUAUCGCAAUACAUUGCGCAAAUGCACAAGAAAGAUUGAAACAAAAGCGAAAAUUCGUUAUUUAUGCAUGUUUCGUAGAAAAUGUUUCCACUUGAUCUAUUUGUGGUAUAUUCUAUUUUCGAGUUUUGCUUUUUUUUCGUUGCUAUAUCAUUUUCAACGUUACGUGUAUGGGCUGUUGCUAUUGCUGCGGCAGUGGCCACUACAAAUUUUGCUUGAAUUUUCAUCGAAUCCAAAAAACCAUUGAUUCGGUUCCGCAUGUUUCCAUAAUGCAUUGCUAAUACCAAAAUGGAAUAUAUUCAAAUGAAAGGGCUUUUUUGAGUGUGACCAAGAAAAGGCGGUGCAAAUUGGUGUUGCGCUCUUAUGAUUUCGGUUUGUUUGCUUUUUUUUUCAUUUUGAAAGAAAAUCAAUCAAAUCACUUGUGGCCGAAGGCAUUAGUUAGCGCAAACGUAGUGCGAACGUGUAAAUGCGAAUUGAAAUGCAUGUUUUACAUUUUUCCAUAUUCAUCUCUCUUCACUCGCUGAAAUUGGUAAAAUGGAAAUUUAUUUAGAUUUUGUUUUAUGGAGUUUUUUUUUCUUCUUUAAUUAGUGAUCGCGGUUUAAAAUUCGAUCAAAAUCAAUUAUUUGAAAAUUAAAAUCCGAAAGGUAAUGCGAUGAGUAUCAAAAUGGGUAAACAAACGAAAGAAAAAAAUUGACCAAAUCGAUUGGUUUUUGUUUUGUACAAGGAUUGCAUUCAAUUGUGGCCUGCUGACCAACUUUUCAACAAGAAAAAUGCGUUGUUUUUUUCUUCGGUACUUCCACAUCAACGACCGACAUUCGCAUUCAACUCUAAAAUUACUAUGCACAAAUGGACAAACUGUUGAUUUAUGUAACAAAUGCGCAGCAGCAACAGCAGCAGCAGCAGAAAUAACGAUCAACACAAUUGAUGGUUAUUAGCCUAGUCGUCCUAACCGACAUUAUACACUUCUCCUGUUACAAUUUUCGCCCAUUUUUGGGUUCGUUGUGCGCGGCUGCAUACAUUGUACAGUUGAAUCGCACAAUAAACACAAUGUUGUCUCUCGCAUGUUUCACCGCACUGCCGUGCGCUCUAAUGCCAUGCACACCGCUGCUCACGGUAAUGAUCAUUUUCAGCAGGUGUGAUUUUAUUACUAUGACUGAUUAUGUGCAUUUUUCCGUAUACACUGCAUCGUACACUCACGUAUCAAUUGUUUUAUCCCCCUGUGACACAAUUCGCCAGAGUUACAGAACCGUUGCCAAAUGGCGUUUUAAUUGAAUAAUGCAAAUGGUUGUUUAUGUGUAUGUGCGUCUCGGUGCGACGAAGCAAAAUGCCCAUUAUUAGGAGAUGUGAUUUAUUUAUUAUUCUAAUUAGAUAUGUUAAGCGUCGUCCGGUUUACGCAAAAUCCGUUGCUCCGGUUACGUUUGUGCAAUGACGAUGACGGCGACGACGACAUAGAGCAGUGCACAAUGCAUAACCAAUGAACGUGUCGGCUGAAUGUGGAUUACGCACUGCCAUUUGAAACCGUUGUUGGUGAAUAUUCAGUAUCCCAGUGACAACAUGCAUUUGUGAUGUGCACUAUAUUCAAAAUGGAAGGCACUUGUUUCGGUUUUCAGAUAAUUGGCUGUUGAUCGACCGGCCAGCCAGCCAGAUCGCGUCGUCUGCAGCCAAAAAAAUGCACAAUCAAGAGGGAUCAGACUACAAAACAUUGCUCAAAAUUCCAAAGAAGAAGAAGAAGAAGAAGAAGGGAAAAAUAACGAUUUUCUAACCGUUUAUUUUCUAUAUUUUCUUUCUAUCGUUUUUCAUGCAACAUUCUUUCAUUUCCUCUGUGUCUCUGGGCCCGUCGAUAAGCUGAUCGCGAACACGUUGGCCCAACACGAACAGAAGAAGCAAAGAAAAAAACGUGUUCUUCGCAUCACGGUACUGUUGCUGAUCUUGCCUUUAUUAUUUCGUCGUUUCUUUUCUCUUUGCUAAUGCUGCCGCCACUGCUGCCACUACUCUUGUUGUCUUUCUUUAUUUCAAUCGGUUAGUGCGCUCAGUGCUCUGUAUCAAUGUAAAUUUUGCGCAAAAGCGAAACAUCUCUAUGCUCGCGUUUCCAUCAUACACUCACAAAACUCCAAACACACACAUACGAUCGGUGUGUAUUAUCUAAACGUAUUUUCUACCUGUUUAAUGGUUGGCUUUUCCCGGCUCUCUUGUUCUUUUUAUCGAUGUUCAACAACAGAAGAGAAAAAAAAACAACGAUACACUGAAUCUGUGCCUACGGUAUGGCCAUUUUUUUCUCUUCUUCUUCUUGUUGUUCGUAUUUUCUGUGAGCUAUUGUUGUCUCUUCACGUUUGCUCAUUCAAACACACUCGCUCGUGCGAUCGUGAGCUGAAUAAAAGCCUUCAUUUCCUAACAUUUGCAAUCGUUUUCCGUUGUAUAGAUAAGCGCUGCUUUGCUGCCUCUACGAUCAAAAACUCUUACUCGCACACCUUUAAUGCCAAAAUGCGCUCGCAAUGAGCCUGUUCACCACCGCUGAUGUUCUAUGCGGUGAGCGUGAAUCUCUCUCUAUGUGUGUGUGUGUGCGUAUGCACGGUUUGGAUGUUUGCGACUGUGUGUUUGAGCGUUGGUGCGCGUGUGCACGCGCGAAUAGUGUUAAACAAGAGAAACACACAACCGAUAUGGUCUAUGAAAGCAGCGAAUGGCUUGGAAAACCGUACGCGCGCUCAAACCACACAACACAGCAACAGCGCACAUGAAAACAACAAAUGUGCGCUCUCUCGAGUGAUUGUGUACUGCACUCCAUACUGUUUUGUUGGUCGAUCCGUUUUUCCCAGCGCGCACAAACAAGAAAGUAGUUGAAUAAUAGAGCUCAAGCAUAUCGGACGUAUCUGAAUAUUGUGCUUCGUCUAAGAAUUGUUUGUUGCUUCGUUUUUAAGUGCGUGCGCGGAUUUUUCGUCGAAUCCAUCCAUUGGUUUCGGUUAUAUUUUCAUUGCGUAUACUUGUUUCAAGUAUGAAACACCUUUCGCCUUGAGCAAAAUAAAAUAAAAUUAUUCCAUCGAUAAAUCAUCAUAGAAAAUAAUUAAUUUCUAUGCAUUGCAUUUAUCAAAGUGGCACAAAAGACUUUUCUUCGUUCAAUCUCGUGCCAAUGUGUGCGUAUAAAGUGCAUAAAGUGCUAGAAAAUAUUUUUUAGUUUGAUCUUGAUUCUAGCGUUAGAAUUAAGAAUCAGCGUUGCUGUUGAGUGAGUGCGCGACAGGUUUUUCGAAGUAGCACUACAGAUCCAUUGACCAUUUUAUACCGCAAGCUCCCAGCCGAUGCAACGGCAAAGGAAUUCAAUUUGUAAAAAAGUAAUCAGAGACUGAAACGGGGCAACGUCAAGAACUAUGUUGCAAUACUUGUUCCAUUAAAAAAAAAACAAAUCCGAAAGACACGCAGAGAUGAAUUCAUAAUUCGCAUCGAAUGGCAUGCAACUUGGUGUACGUAUGCCAACCGAACAUUUGAGUGUUAAUAAAACGGCCAGUAACUGCAUUACACAGGUUUUUUUUUUCUUCUUCUUCUUCUUCUUCUGCGCUGUCCAAAAGUUCAACGAAUGUGUUUUUUGAUGAAGAAAAAUACACACGGCCGUACAUUAUUGAAGUGUGUGAAUUGAUUGAGCGAAACGAUUUUUGAAUUGAAAAGAAUCGAUCUCGAUUGGAAUCAAAUGAAGUUUAGUUUGGCUUCUUGUUUUGUUUUGUUUUUUUUUUCUCAAAGAAGAACAUUGAAAGAACAGACGAAAAGUAGACAAUUCAACGAUUAGACCCAAACAAAAAGUGAAUAAAAUUCAAGAAUACAAUUCUACUGUUAUUAUUUUUGGUUGAGAAUCGAAACGCGAGCGCACACACAUUUAGAGUGUGAGUGAGAUAGAAGUUGAGCAAAAUACGAAUUCGUUUAUUAACUAUUGUGUAUGAAUGCGCUGGAACAGUUAGCUAUUAUUGUUGGAAUUACAUAUAUAAACAUAAAAGUUGAAACCGGUGUAGUGUUGUUGAGAGCGAGAGAGCGCAUCUAGCCACACUUAUGACUAUUAUGACUGAUUCGAUACGGUGAACAUCACAAGCAAUAGAGUAAAAGAAUUCUCGAAGAAAGAAACAAAAACUAGAAGUUAUUAUUUCAUUUUCGUUGGUUUUGUAUGAUUUCAAUGGGAAUCGAAUAUGAAAAGAGACUCAGACACAAGAAAUUGACAUGUGAAAUUCCAAAAAACAGCAAACCGCUAUAAAUCAUUUCAAUUUUUGCGUUGCUUUCUGCGCACGUCGGGUUUUAUUUUCCAUUUGUGCUGUUGUUGAACGAAAAAAAAAACAGAGAAGAAAAUUCGAUGAUAGUGAGAAGAAUGUUGUGUGAAAUUUAAUAGCUUAAUCCGAAAACUGAUUCGCCGAUAAUACAAAUAAUACGAAAAAGAUCACAGACAGACUGCGAAUUACAUUAAUUACAGUCAAAUUUAUGUAACUAUCGUAAUCGAGGGGUGCUGUGUGAGUGUUUAUAUGUGUGUGCUUGGCUUGAGUGUGAAUAAUAAAUUUCAAUUGUUUUUUCAAGUUGGUAAAUCAUUGUGAGGUCGGCGUAAACGUGUUGAAAAGGACUGAUUUGGAUGCAAAUUUCAUUUAAUUUCAGUGAAAGUAAAUGUGUUGUACAGAAAGUCUUCACUUGAACAGACGAUAAUUAAUUAGGCAAAGAGCAACAACAACAACUACAACAAUAAUAUAACAAUCAAUGCACAAAGUUCAACGACGAGAUUAAAUUGAGAAGCGGUAAUUGUGGAGUGUAUACUUCAAAAAAAAAAGAAGAAAAACUCUCUUUUUCUAUUUGUUUCUGUCAUAUCAUCAAUUCUCAGUCUCUCUGAUUGUUUUGUACGAGAAAAUAAAAAUAAAGCGAAGAUUGAACAAAAAAUUAAGUGAAAAUGGUGAGCGGAGAUAUUCCAAAUUACAAAUCAAACAAGGGCUAUUAUUCGGCGCCAUCAUCACAUGCACCGUCGAGUUUGUCGUCGGCCAAACGAUACACAGGUGGCAAUGCGCUUCGGCCGUGGCCUCCAAUGUACCGAACUCCGAUGUCUCGGGCACAAAUGGCUACAUAUCAAGCGUUAAGCACGGGCGCUAUUGUUGCUGCUGCACCACCACCACCACCACCGCCCACCAAACUCAACUAUAACAAUUUCAAUGGCAAUCAUUACGGCUACAAUAAUUCCAUUUAUGGUCGAGCGAACAAAUUCAAUUUUCAUCAGUUCAACAUGGUUGCAGCGGCUGCAGCCGAAGGAAAAUAUGCGUCGGCCAUGAAUUUAGCAAACAAGAAAAAUGCGAAAAAUUACUAUCUCAUUUCACAGCCGUAUAUGAAGAAUAGCCUAGCAAUGCCAUCGCCGCCACCAUCGAAUGGCAGCAGUGGUUCAUUUUAUGGCCGCACCACAACCGAUUAUCCACCGAACAACGGUAAUCUCAUGCUAAUGCCACAAGAAAAAGAGAAAAAUCGAUUCCGAAAAUUACGAAAUCCAACACAAACAUCGCCCGUAUUUCGAUCAUCAUGUGCCACGUGCAUUCGAUCGAAAUCAAUGGAAGAUGUGCGAACCGAAAUCGUUACCGAUUGGCCCACUUACAAUAAGGAGAAUUACAAUGAAUUCAAAAAGAACCGGCUUAACAACGGCGGCGGCAAUGGCGGCGGUACCGGUGGCCCAUUGAAUCUCUUGAAACACGGCGUUCGACGAUCCAUGGACAAUUUACUCGAAGUAGAAACCUCAAGUUUCGGCAAACGUUUUCAGAUUCAUCAUCAAAAUGAUCCGAGUCGACCACGCUUUGUAGCUGUCACAACAUUGGAAGAUGUGCAAGCGGUUCGUUGUGCCGAAUUCCAUCCCAGUGGACGUGUCUAUUCGGUUGGCUCAAAUUCGAAAACAUUCCGGAUAUGUGAAUAUCCAUCACUUUCAGAAAUCAGAGAGGAGCACACGACGUAUCAGCCGACUGUGCUGUUCAAGCGAACAAAACAUCACAAAGGCUCAAUUUAUUGUAUGGCAUGGUCACCACAGGGUGAUUUAGUUGCGACCGGAUCCAAUGACAAGACCGUAAAAUUGAUGCGCUACAAUGAAGUACAAAAGCAAUUGGAGGGCAAAGAGAUCGAAUUGACAAUGCAUGAUGGUACCGUUCGUGAUCUUUGCUUCCUCGAGGAUAGCACAAACAAAACCAGUUUAUUGAUAAGUGGCGGCGCCGGCGACUGUAAAAUUUAUGUUACAGAUUGCGCUACAUCGACACCAUUCCAAGCACUCAGCGGCCACGGCGGACACAUACUCACCUUAUAUAACUGGGGUGGUGCUAUGUUUGUGUCUGGUUCACAGGAUAAAACUGUUCGUUUCUGGGAUUUACGAACCCGCGGAUGUGUUAAUACAGUGACACCAGCUACUGUGCCCGGUUCGCGUCAAGGUUCACCGGUAACUGCAGUCUGUGUUGAUCCAUCGGGACGUUUGCUAGUGUCUGGUCACGAGGACAGUUCAUGCGUUUUGUAUGAUAUUCGUGGAAAUCGUCCAAUUCAGUGCUUCAAACCGCAUUCAUCUGACAUAAGGUCGAUACGGUUUUCACCAUCCGCAUACUACUUGCUCACCGGCGGAUAUGACAAUAAAUUGGUGUUGACCGAUUUGCAAGGUGACCUUACGAUGCCAUUACCAUCAGUGGUUGUAGCACAGCACACAGACAAAGUGAUAUCUGGACGUUGGCAUCCAACCGAUUUUUCAUUCUUAUCGACGUCAGCUGAUAAAACCGCCACCCUAUGGGCCCUUCCGCCUAUCUAAGCUUUGCGCUCCUCCGCCCCACUCUAACUCUAACUCUUAAAUUGUUGUUUAUUUUCUGUCUAUCUAUCGCAAUUAUUUUUUAUUUUUUUUAUUUCAUUUUUAUAAUUAUUUUCUUUUUCGUUUUGUUUUACCUAAGGCAACUAAUGAGCUAAAUAGCGUGUUUUUUUUCUCUCUUUCUCUUGUUUGCCUUCACAUUUUCACAAAACAUAUUGAAAUUGUAACGAACAACAUUAGUAUGAAAUUAUUUAACUGUAGGAUAUAGGUUAUAAGGCAAUAAGAAAAAGAAAUUUAUUAACUUAUUUUGGACAAUUUUUCAAUGCUAAAAAGUAUCAAUUGUUUAUCUAGAGAGAAAAAAAAAGAAACAAACAGAGCAAAUCUUCUUUUUUUUUAUUGAGAAAAUCCGUUUACAAUCUCUUAGCUCCACUUUUUAACUUGUGCUAUCGUUUUUUUAUAUUAUGCCGUUGCAUGUUUGUAUUGAAAAAUUGUCUCUAUUUCUCGUAUUAAGUUUCUUCUUUGUCUUUCUGUAAUUUUUUUUUUAAAGACACUAACAAUUUUUUUCGACUAAUUUAUUAUUGAAACAUGAAGUUUUUGAAGAAUCUUUGCAUGUAAAUAGACACGCUAAAAAGCAUCAACAAUUCGACGUGUGCAGCACACAACUGCUUUCACAGACAUACAAUUAUAACUGAUCUAUAACAACCUGCGAACAUUUAAUCAUUUAUUUAACUCAUAAGUGCUGCGAACAAAACAUGGUGAAAAUUUCCCAGAAAAAAAUUAUACAAAAAACAAUACACACGAUUGAUUUUCACAUGAAAUAAUUGCAUGAAAUUGCAAUUAUUCACAUGUGGCAAGAGAAGAGAAGAAAAAGAAUAAUUCACAAUGACAAUGUCACCGAUGGAUGGAUUUUGUCAAGUUCUCUCUUCAAAGGUGGAAAAAAACAUUAUUACACCUAGACAGUGAAUCUAUUAUUAUGAAAUAAGAUAUUUCUAUAAGGAUGACAUGAGAUGAAGAACAAAAAAAAAAAAUAUUUUAUAUAUCGAAAGCUGGAAAAUUCGAACAAAAAGAUAUGUAAGAAUUGUCUUUUGUAGACCGAGCUGAUCUGAAACAAUAUCGUUCAUACACACAUAGCGACUGAAUCAAAAUCAACUAAACAACUAUUUCAAAAUCCAAUAUAGCCGGAGAAUGAAUGGAUCCAUGAAUGGAUCAAUGAUUUUGAUUUGGCUGAUAAUUCAUUGUUGAGCAACAUCGAGAAUAUACUAGUGGAAAUGGAACAUGAAAUGAAUCGCUAGAAAUAAAUGUGAUCGUAUAGUAUAUUUUGGAAUAAAAUAUCAUUGGUUUUAUUUUCGAGGAAAAGUGUGAAAUUAGAAAUUAUUCAAAACAAUUUGGUUUUUCAAUUCUUCAUUGCCAAUUCACUUUUGACUUUUCUGUCAGGAUAUCAAGUUCAGUUUCUACAUUCAUAACAUUUCCUUCCCUCGCCCAAAACUGUAGCGAUCACUUUUAUUUUUAUCGAUUCAUAAGUAUAAAGGAAAAAAAAAUGUGAAAAUUAUAAGAGUUGGUUGGAAGUUAUAAAAGUAAAAUCCCAAAUAAUUUGUUAAAUGAUAGAAAAGAAAGAAGAUUUUUUGAAUUGCCUUUGACCUGAAAAAUGGUACCGAACAUUGUUUCGAAUUAUAUUUUGAUACUUUUUUUUUCUCUUCUAUCAGCAGUUUAGUUAAUUUUCUUUAAUUCGCGCCCAAUACCGCUCCC